AUGCGCCGCUUUUUGGCACUACUAUUACUACUCUCCAUUGUAGAGGCCAGCAGAAGAAGUCGGUUGUUUCAGAAACUUCACAAGGCAUCCAACUAUGAUGCGGCACCAUCAAAUGUGGAGACCGUCUGGUAUAGAAACAUGAGAUUGGACCAUUUCACAUGGGGAGACACUAGAACUUUUGAUAUGAGAGUAAUGUGGAACAACACUUUCUACAAACCGGGCGGUCCAAUCUUCUUCUACACUGGAAACGAGGGAGGUCUCGAAUCAUUCGUCACUGCUACUGGUAUCAUGUUCGACUUGGCUCCAAUGUACAAUGCAUCCAUCAUCUUCGCCGAGCACAGAUUCUACGGACAGACUCAACCAUUUGGAAAUAAUUCUUAUGCUACUCUGGCUAAUGUCGGAUACUUGACCAGUGAACAAGCAUUGGCUGACUAUGCCGAGUUGUUGACUGAGCUGAAAAGACAACCGAAUCAAUUCAAUUUGACAUUCCAGAAGGAUACUCAGAUCAUUUCAUUCGGUGGAAGUUACGGAGGAAUGUUGUCGGCAUGGUUCAGACAGAAGUAUCCACAUAUUGUCAAGGGAGCAUGGGCUGGCUCCGCCCCUUUGAUCUACAUGCAUGACGGAGGUGUUGAUCCAGGAGCAUUUGAUAAUAUCACAUCAAGAACUUAUGUGGAUAACGGAUGUAAUCGAUUUAUUUUGGCGAAUGUUUGGAAUGCAGUUCUCAAUCUUUCGAAUACUGACGCCGGAAGACAGUGGCUUAACAACAACGCAGUUUUCACCCUCGACCCAAGAACUCCAAUCAGAAAUCAGACAGACGGAUGGAAUUUGAAUGCUUACUUGAGAGAAGCCAUCGAAUACAUGGCUAUGGUUGAUUAUCCAUACCCAACCGGGUUCCUGGAGCCACUUCCAGCAUGGCCGGUUGCCAUGGCAUGUGGAUAUAUGAAUGCCACUGGAACCACUUUCAGUGAUCAGCAAUUGGUGACAAUGGUGGCUAAUGCUGCUAAUAUUUAUUAUAAUUAUAACAAAGACCCCAAUUUCAAAUACUGUAUUGACUACUCUGUGUGCGGAGAUCAAGGAACCGGAGGACUCGGAGGCGAUCAACUCGGAUGGCCAUGGCAAGAGUGCUCAGAGAUCAUCAUGGCAAUGUGUGCACGUGGAGGAUCAAAUGAUGUGUUCUGGAGUGAAUGUGGAGCCAAUAUUUAUGAUAUUUUGAAACAAGAAUGUGUGAGCAUUUUUGGAAGCAUGGGAUGGACCCCAUCGAACUGGAAUAUCGACGCUGUGAAGACACUCUAUGGUUAUGAUCUCUCAGGAUCGAGCAACUUGAUCUUGACCCAGGGACAUCUUGACCCCUGGUCCGGCGGUGGUUACAAAGUCGACCAAAACAAUGCUGCCCGUGGAAUCUAUGUUCUUGAAAUUCCCGGAUCUGCUCAUCAUUUGGAUCUUCGUCAGCCAAAUACUUGUGACCCGAAUACUGUCACUAAUGCUAGAUUCCAGAUCAUCCAAAUCCUGAACUGUUGGGUGAACCCCAACUGCAACGAUGUGCCAACAAUAACCCCACUCCCAACCAUCUCCAUCCCAGUCACCGAAUGCAAAGACGUCGUCGGAGGGUACCCAUGGGGACAGACUCUCAAACAAGGAGCAUUCUCAAACUCAUUGAUUGUUUCUGUUCUCGCUAUGGUUUAUGCAUUGUUCUAG